AUGUCUUCAGGACCAUCGUAUGCCGUGUCUGAUUUGGCUUACACCAAAAUAAUUCUUCACGCGCUCAAACACCCACAUCAGCCCGUGAAUGGUGUUCUCCUAGGAUCACCGUCUUCGUCAGGUGUGGUAGAAAUUGUGGACACGAUCCCGUUGCUACAUCAUUGGACGAGCUUAAGCCCUAUGAUGGAAAUUGGAUUGGAUUUGGCUCGAAGCCAUGCUGAAGGUCGCGCCCUGAAACUUGUCGGGUACUAUCAAGCCACAGACCGCAUCACGGAGGCCGUAUUACAGCCUGUGGGGGAGAGGGUGGCGUCGAGUGUUAGGGAUGGAUUCGCUGACGCUGUGGCCAUUGUGGUUGAUGGCGGGAAGCUGACUACUGAGGAGUCACCUCUGGUGGUAUGUCCCUAUUUACCCUCUUCAUCUUCAACUCCUGCGUCCUGGCGUCCAUCAACUUCCACCUUGGAUUUCUCGUCAAAUAUCCUUCGUUUGUCCAUGGCUCUGGCUCGCGCACCAGGACUCCUACAGGACAAGUUUGGAGAUUUCGAUGAUCACUUGGAGGACGUGACGGUGGAUUGGUUGAGGAAUGGGGCCGUGGAGGAUGAGUUGAAGAAAUUGUCAUGA